GGCGGGAAAGUUACAGAAGUACUGGGGAGGGAAGUAAACAUCAUGGCGAACAUGGAUGUGGAGAUGAAGAACCCGACAGAACCAGAACCAGAACCAGAGCCCGCUCCCAUGAAAGAGGAGCCGGCGAAGAGCUCCAGCAGCGGCGGCUCCUACGACCUGCCCUGGGUGGAGAAGUACCGGCCGCUGAAGCUCAACCAGAUAGUCGGUAACGAGGAGACAGUCAGCCGGCUGGAGGUGUUCGCCAGGGAGGGAAACGUCCCCAACAUCAUCAUCGCAGGGCCUCCGGGGACCGGGAAGACCACCAGCAUCCUCUGCCUGGCCAGAGCCCUGCUCGGCGCGUCCAUGAAGGACGCGGUGCUGGAGCUCAACGCUUCUAAUGAGAGGGGUAUCGACGUGGUACGGAACAAGAUCAAGAUGUUCGCCCAGCAGAAGGUCACACUUCCCAAAGGACGACACAAGGUCAUCAUCCUGGACGAGGCUGACAGCAUGACGGACGGGGCACAGCAGGCUCUGAGAAGGAUCAUGGAGAUCUACUCCAAGACGACGCGCUUCGCCCUGGCCUGCAACGCCUCCGACAAGAUCAUCGAGCCCAUCCAGUCGCGCUGCGCCGUGCUGCGCUACAGCAAGCUGACAGACGGCCAGGUGCUGGCCCGCCUGCAGCAGGUGGUGGAGCUGGAGGAGCUCUCCGUCUGCCCCGACGGCCUGGAGGCCGUCAUCUUCACCGCCCAGGGAGACAUGAGACAGGCACUCAACAACCUGCAGUCGACCCACUCGGGCUUCGGCUACAUCGACAGCACCAACGUGUUCAAGGUGUGUGACGAGCCCCACCCCCUGCUGGUGAAGGGCAUGCUGGGUCGCUGCGUGGAGGGGGACGUGGACGGGGCCUACAAGGUGGUGGAGGAGUUGUGGGCGCUGGGCUACUCCCCCGAGGACAUCAUGGGCAACAUCUUCAGGGUCUGCAAGACCUACCAGAUGGCCGAGUACCUGAAGCUGGAGUUCAUCAAGGAGAUCGGCUACACCCACAUGAGGAUUGUGGAGGGGGUCAACUCACUGCUGCAGAUGGCCGGACUCCUGGCUCGCCUGUGCAGCAAGACCAGUCCUCCAGCCUCCUAGCCCUGGACCCCUAACCAGACCUCCUUCAGCCUGUUAGUCCUCUGGACCGGGCCAAACCUCCUCCUGGACUAUUCUUCCUGUUGACAAGAAAACCUUUCUCUCCAAUCAGAACCGGUGUUGGAAGAGGGCCGGAGUCGACUUAAGCCGGUCAGAGCUGGUUAGAACCGGUCUGAGCAGGCUGAUGGUCAAUGUUUCCAUGUUCCAUUUGAUACGUUGUUUUAUAAACAAUAAAUCACAACUUUGUUACAACAUG